ACACACGCACACUGCGCUGCGCGCGCACGAAGGAAGCGCGUGCGACUCGGAGGAGGAAACAUGCGCAGUAGCGUCCUCGUCAGCAGCAUCAGGACCAAAAAGAUCCCAGCAGCAAACCUGCGAUGUGGGACAGAAGAUGGUGCGUGCAAACACGGCGAAAGGAAUGACAUUUUUGUUUUUCUUGGCGUAAGCAGUCGUUCGACUCCGUUAAUCCAGUUUAAUCGAGCCUGAGGUCGGAUAGUCGGUAGCGGGAAGGUUGUGUUUAGACGCACUAAAGAGAACGCAACGCCUCGGAGUGUGUUGACCACACAGGAAGAUUUCUCCCGAUGACGACGCUGUAAACCUGCCUCCGUUCCGCUCCGACUCGCUUCCUGGAAGGAUUCCUCCACUGUCCAGCCACACAUAGCAGUAACAAGGACGAUGACGGGCUUUCUUGUGUGAUGUUCGCAGCUUUCUAGUGGGAUGCACAUCAGUGCUUGGCCGUACUCGCUCUCCGUCGUAAUGGCAGCUCUUUACCAGGGCACGGACACCUCCUCCCCCGACAAAUUCCUGGCCUUGAAAGACGUGAGAGAAGUAAAAGAGGAGACGACGCUGGACGAGAAGCUCUUCCUGCUGGCAUGCGAGAAAGGUGACUAUUACAUGGUGAAGAAGCUGCUGGAGGAGAACCGCCAUGGGGAGCUCAACGUCAACUGUGUGGAUGUGCUGGGCCGGGACGCGGUGACCAUCACCAUCGAGAAUGAAAACCUGGACAUCCUGCAGCUUCUGCUCGAGCACGGCUGCCAGGCCACAGAUGCCCUGCUGGUGGCCAUAGACUCGGAGGUUGUGGGUGCCGUGGACAUCCUCCUCAACCACAGACCAAGACGCUCCUCCAAGCCCUCUAUCGCUAAACUGAUGCAGCGGAUCCAGAACCCAGAGUACUCCACCACCAUGGAUGUGGCUCCUGUUAUCCUGGCAGCGCACAGAAAUAAUUAUGAGAUCCUCACCAUGCUGCUAAAACAGGACAUCUCCCUCCCUCGGCCUCACGCUGUAGGCUGCGAGUGCAUGCUGUGCAAUGCUAAAAACAAGAAGGACAGCUUAAGGCACUCCAGGUUCCGACUCGACAUCUACCGCUGCCUGGCGAGCCCCUCCCUUAUCAUGCUGACCGAGGAGGACCCCAUACUGCGAGCAUUUGAGCUGAGCGCAGACCUGAAGGAGCUCAGCCUUGUCGAGGUCGAAUUCAGGAAUGACUACGAAGAGCUGGCGAAACAGUGCAAGAUGUUUGCCAAGGAUCUUCUGGCUCAGGCUCGAAACUCUCGAGAGCUGGAAGUGAUUCUCAAUCACACCUCCAGCGACGAUCAUGUCGACAAGAGGGGCCUGAUGGAGGAGCGCAUGAACCUUAGCCGGCUUAAGCUAGCCAUCAAGUACAACCAAAAAGAGGUAGGCUGGAGAAAGUCUGCAACUCCAAAAGCUCACAGGUUUCAUUACUUUUGUUAUUGAUCUCCUGUACUGUACUUGCUGUCAUAUUUAUGAGCUACAGUAGCACGCUGUGAACUUGUCUUUAGGGAACAAAAGUUUGGCAGUUUAAAGUGCUUCCUUAAGGCAACAGCGGUCAAAGAUAAACUUAAACUCUAAGUUUGAAGCUGCUAAAUGAUUUAUAGCCUGCAAGGUUCUGUGUGAAAAAUGUGCCUUGUGUUGUACAG